AUGGACACUGCGACUGAGCUGAAUCAGCUUUUUGCUGGAACUUUUCCCAACGGCCUUCCCAAAGAUGUUCUCGCCGAACUCCAGUCCAUCAUGAGGAUAUACUCCAUCGCCGCGGAGGAGGUUUUCUACAAAUGGGAAUCCUACAGCAUGAAGAUGGGAGAUGAGGUGACACUGAAUAUUACUUCCGUCCGCGCAUUGAAGCAGGACAUCCAGGAAGCUUUGGAACGUGAGAGUCGAGGCAAAUCAGACCACCGACGACACGAGAAGAGGUCCGCUGUCACAGCAACCCCGCGUGCGUCGGCGGGUGGUGAUAUGUUUGGCAUGCUAGGUGACUUAACCCCAAAUGCGUCAAAUGCUCGACCGGUAAACGGCUCGGCCGCGAAGCGCAAGGUCGAGUUCUCGUCCCCUGCAACACCCAAGAUGGGAAGAUUGGACAAUAUAGGCACACCUAAUGGCAUAAAUACUCCUACUGCCUCAAAGCUUGGCAAUGUGAUUGUGCCCACCGUUUCAUUUGCCGACAGAUCCAACGCCGGUCAAAUCGUGGAGACACUUAAUGAACACCUGUCUCUGCCAGAGACUCCAAUGGCUCCGUACUCCGAAGCACGCAUCCGGCCCACUGCCAAUACAGACCUCAAGAAGUUCGGAUACAAGCCAAUGGGGAUGAAACUGUCGGAAUCCUCUGAGAUUCUUGAUGACCGCAUCGACGAAUUCACGACUAUUUUCCAAAAUCACUACGACUCGGAGGAACUCGUUUUUGGAAGCGCGGCUUCCCAGAGCACAAGUGAGAUCAUUGCCGUCGGCCGUAUCGCCUCUGAUGCUAUGGAGGGCAAACUCAAUGUAGCUUCUCUGGUCCUUGAGACCUCGCGCAGAACUGGCGCAGGAAGGAGAGUUCCUUUGAAGGUCGAUUCGGUCCCAGGCUUAAGUUUCUUCCCCGGUCAGAUCGUUGCUCUCAGAGGCAUUAACCCAUCGGGCGAUUACUUCACAGUCAAGGAGAUUCUUCCUAUUCCUCUUUUGCCCCCUGCAGCCUCCCCUGCAGUGACACUCGAUAAUAUCAACCAGCGCCUAGAGGGCUCAGGUAACUUGCCACUUAAUAUUAUGGUAGCAGCGGGUCCGUAUACGGCAGACGAUAACUUGGAUUAUGAGCCUCUCCACGAAUUGUGCAGAAAGGCUGCAGAGAGCUACGCCGACAGUCUCGUGCUGCUUGGUCCAUUUUUAGACAAGGAACAUCCGCUACUCGCAAGUGGAGAUUUCGAUCUUCCCGAUAUCAAGGGCCUGAACCCAGAUACAGCGACCCUGAACACGGUCUUCAGACACCUUAUCUCAGCCCCUUUGGCCCGACUGGUAGCAGCUGUCCCCAGUAUCACAGUUAUCUGCGUACCAUCUGUUCGUGACGCAUUGAGUCGCCAUGUCUCGUGGCCACAAGAGCAGCUGCUUAAGAAAGAGCUUGGCUUGCCAAAACAAGUCCGCAUGGUCUCUAACCCUGUGACCCUGUCCUUCAACGAGACUGUUGUUGGUAUGUGCUCACACGAUGUGCUUUCGGAACUGCGCCAAGAGGAAGUGUCAAAAGGCGACCUUAGUGAGAAACUGCUCACUCGGUUACCGAAGUACCUGGUUGAACAGCGACACUUCUUCCCUCUAUUCCCUUCUGUUGCACGAGCAAACCUUCCUAAGACUGCGCGUGGUCUAGGUACGGGUGCAAUGCUAGAUGUACCUUACAUGAAGCUGGGUGAAUGGUGGAACGUUCGACCAGACAUCCUUAUCGUCCCCAGCAUGCUCCCGCCCUUUGCCAAGGUUGUCGAUAGUGUGCUUAUGAUCAACCCGGGCACAUUGUCUAAGCGCCGUGGUCCAGGCACAUAUGCCCAGAUGGCCGUGCAUCCUCGAACAAUCCCAGAAGAGGAGCGCGAACAAAAGCAACUCGACCACAAGUUAUACGAACGUGCUCGAGUGGACAUUACCCGGGUCUAG